UAUUCAGUUAAUAAAUGAGAUACAAGCACUCUAGAAUUUUUAAGGAAUAAAAAAUGACCAGUCUCUGGAUUUUUAUUUUGAUCUUCAGCACCAUGUAUACAGUCCAACCUGGUAGAUGCUGGGUUACUGCCCAAUCUCCCACAGAGUCACCAGUUUAUCAGCCUGAUAAAGAGCUCAUUGUGGAUAUUGGAGACUCGGCUACCCUGCGGUGCUGUGCUUCUGGAACACAAAUUGGAAUAAUAGACUGGUUUAAGCAACCAAACAGAAAAAAACCUCAGGCUAUAGUCACAGUAUAUAGAACCUUUGGAGAGACAUUUUACACUGGAUUCCAAAAGUCUCGUUUUCAAAUAAAAAGAUCUUCAGACUGCGUCAACAUUAUUAUUUUAGACAUCACUCAGUCUGAUGAAGCCAUGUACUACUGUACACCAACAAGACCCUACCUUGGGUUUGGAGAUGGAACUUAUUUAAAAAUGAAAGGUGAGCAUGUUACUAUUUCAUCAGAAACAUCUAAACCAGCUCUGAGAGAUAAUUCAGUGGUGUGUGAAUCAACACUGCAUGGAAACGACACUAACAUGAACACACAGGAAAACACAGAAUCAGAAAAGAUCAGAUCUCUACAUUGGACAGUGAUCGGUUUGGGUUUGUGCGCACUUCUGAUUUUCUGUCUCACUUAUUACAUACUGAGGAGAAGAAAAUGUGAAACCUCUAGAUCAAACACUUCUAUAGAAGAUUCUCCAGGAACGAGGCAGGCACAGGAAUUUGAAGCUGAAGGACUGAAUUAUGCAGCUUUGCAAUUCUCCAAGAGGAAAGCCAAAGGUGAAAAAAGAAAAACCGUCUCAUCAGAGUGUGUGUACUCCGAUGUGAAGAAAACUGUAAGAUAACAUCUAUGCCUCAUAACACACAUAAACGCAUAACACAAUUACACAGUGAUAACCUUUUAUCAAAAAAAAAAUCUUGACCAUAGUAAAACAUAUUUCUUGCUAUCUUCCCUAUCAUAAAAAAUUCUACAUUUCUACAAUUACAAUUCUACAAGCUUGAAACUGUCUUUGACAAGAUAUUGUUUAAAGUAACUUUGUACAGUGAAGUAACAUUAAAGUAACUGUAUUUUCCCACCAUGAUUUCUAACAAGUGUCCUGGUAUUACAUUCCACUAACUGUAA